AUGUUUCGUAAUACCAUAUCACUUAGUAGUACAUAUUCAACAAGAAUCAAUUUUACGGCUGCUGACUUUUUUCAUCAUUCACAGAAAAUUUCAAUAUUAAAUUGGAUAAAAUGUGAUCAGUCAUCUCAAGAAGAUGAUAAUGAAGUUUUAUCAUUUCCUAUUCAUCACAAGCAUGCAGGUGAUAGUCAUUUAUCACCUGUACAAACUUUCGAUGAUAUUGAACAACUGGAUAUUGAAAAAACUAUUCUUGAUGCAUUUAACCAAGCACUCAAAUUAACUCAACCUUUAGAAAUAUCUAAAUUACUAAAAGAACAUGAUAUAUUUGAGUUAAAUUCAUUAAGCAAAUAUGUUUUUCAAGAAUUAAAUUCCAGCUCCAGAAUGUUUGAUUACCUAGUACAAACAAUUGAUGAUGAUACUAAUGAAUUCAAUCUUAAAGAAGAAGAAGAUAAUGAGAACGAAAACACCGCUAACAAUCUUAGCGAUGAUGAAGAAACAAUGGAUGAUAUCGAACUCGAAGAAGACGAAAAUAACUAUAGUAUGACGACUAUAAAUACAUUUCAAUGGUAUAAAAAUUUACGACAAUAUGGAACCUUGUCGACGAGAUUCUUAUUUUAA